CAUAUUAUUUAGUUUUGUUAUCGUUUUAUAGAUGCAUUUAGCUAAAGCUGAUAGAUUCGUUACUUAAUGCAAGCUUCCAAAUAAUGCUAAAAACAAUAGGCCAUUGUCAUAGUCAUUUGAGAGCUUGUAUGACACAGGCAAAAUGAAAGCAGUUUAAUCAAGCCACUUCCUGGUGUAAAAACCCCUCCCACGCAACAAAUAACUUUGAGUUUUAUUCUGUAGUUGGGGGGAAAUGUUGUAUUUGAUAACAGACAUGGCAUGCAGACUGAGUCUGAUGGUAUUUGUGACUUUCCCCUGCUUGUUAUGUAUGUGCCAGUACUCUCUGCAGCUGAGGAACAAAACCCGAGAAGAAGUCCAUGCUGAGGUCGGCGGUCGUGUGCGUCUCCCCUGUAAACACCAAAUCAAAGGAAACGUCACGUUCAUGUACUUGCAGAGGAAGGCCCCCUCUCGUUUCGUCAAUGGCUACCACCACAACAGAGGCGUCAAUCCCCACGAGGUGUUCGCAAACCGCACUGCAGUGGACCGCUCCCUGGCGUGGGUGGAGCUGUGGAAUGUGAGGGUGAAUGACGAGGGGGUGUACGAGUCGAUCCUCAUGGACGAGGGCGGGACAAAAACGCUGACUCUGUAUCUGAGAGUAACAGCCAACUACAGUGCUCCUGUGAUGACAGUUAGUCACAGCAAUGAGACUGUGAGCGGCAGGGGCUAUGUGGUGACCUGCUCCUCCUCAGGCGGAUAUCCCAACGCAAGCGUGAAGUGGGCCUUCCAGCCCAACGUGGAUGGGACCCAGUGGGUGGAGGUGAACGAGAGCAGUGUACAGAACCAAGUCACCAUGCUUUACGCCGUCUCCAGGAGCAUCCUCGUCAACUGCUCCCAACCGCUUAAAAUCAGAUGUACAGUAGGGGGCGCUGUGUCGCAGCAGGAAGAAGUCUGUAGCACUUCUAGGCCUGUCGUCUAUGAUGGGGUGGUAAUCAUUGCCUCAGUGGCUGCAGCCAUUUUGUUCAUCCUUGUUAUAGUAAUAUUGGUGAAGAAAAAGAAGGCAUCUCCAUCAACUGACACCUCAGAUGUUGAAGCAGGAAUAGAGCAAACUGGACCAAACACUCACCUGAUGGAGCUCAAAUGAGUACUGUUGAGGAGCCUGUCCUACAGUGUGGUUCCAGUGCUUCACCUCUAACGGGACCGUGGAUGGUUUGUGAUGGCAAAAACAUCACAUGACUCUUGCUGGGUGAAGCAAAUAGCAAUUCUGGGUAACUGAUGGAGACUGAUGCCAAUACAGCCAUGGGACCAAAGCGAAUCGCACUACACUUGUUUUAUUCAUAUUUAAUCUGACAUCUUUCUGAUUUCCCAACCAAGUGCUAACCCACUGCUCAGCCAUCUCAGGAAGCAGAAAAAAGGAAAACAGUUCUCUGUGUUGACACCCAAUGAGUAUGCAUAUAUGAGGGCUCCUGUAACCUCAUCCCACAGUCAUUUUACUCCGUUUUAAUGGCAAUUAUACUUGAGUGCUUUAUAGUACACUCAUUGCGUCUCAACUGGGGAAAAAGGCACCAAACAAAACCCUAAGAAACAGGAAACUCUAAUGCAGGUAAUUGCAAAUACAAUAAUAAGAAUUGAAAUUUUCAGGAUCCUCAAAGUUGAAUCAGAUUCAGCUCAACAUACAUAGUUCUGCCUUUUCCCCUACACAAUUGUUUCCUAUGGCAAACAUUAUAUUAUUAUUAUGAAUAAUGUUACAACCUUUUUACCUGAAAAUAGUCUUCCUACUGUCUUUAUAACUUAUUUCAUAACUUUAUAACUUAUUUCAACUUCUGUAUUUUGAUGUACCAUUAUCUUCAAUGUUUUUUUUACAUAUAUAAAUUCUUUUUAUUUAUGUAUAAAAUGUUUGUCUCCUG